AUGCCGGCCUCAUCACUGCUUCACCAGGCCACGGCCACGGCUAUCCGCUUUGUCAAAGACCUGGAUGAUCUGGGCGCGAUGCCAUACUCACUUGCCCGCCCUAUCUUGCUUAAUAUCCAUAACCCCGAAAAGCUGCAUGCCAUGGAGCUGGCAUCCCCCCAUCUCGCCGAAGAAGACGAAGAACUCUGGCUUGAGCUCAUUAAACGGGACAUUCCCGAUUGGGAGAAGUAUGAACUCCCGGGAAAUACCAACAACUGGUACGGGGUGUACUGUGAUCUCCGCGACCAAGUCCAACGUUCUCUUGACGCCGAUGCCGAGAGAAUGAAGAUGGCAAUUGAUGGCAUUAGUGCCAAGCGUGCACUCCUCACUCCCAAGCUCAUCCCUGAGGGCAAGGGCUUGUGCAUGGCUGGAUCCCGACCCUCCGUGCGACAACGCCAUGCUACAUAUGAUCGUAGGCUGGUCGGCCAUGACAAGAAGCCCAGUAUAUUCCAGCCGCAGAAGCGCAACACCGCACUAGCAAUGCCGACCAAGUCUCUCAACAACCGUGCGUCGCAAGUCAAACGCGCACCGAUCGGGUUGGUUGAAGAACACCGCCGCCCCGCCGAGCAGUCGGCACCACAGCCGAUGUCAAAGCCGCAACCACUUGCUCCACGUAUCAGCCGCCCUAGCAUGCUUCCACACUCCCCCAUGCUGGCCCGCAAUGAGGCGCGACUACGCGCACUAACUUCUACCGCCUCCUCCUCCUCACCUUCACCCCGUGGCGCAUCUAGCAGCGAUGCGCCUAGCGCAAAGAAAUCACCAGCUGUGGCCACUGAGCCCAAGCUGAAGCGCCGUGCAACCUCCCCCCCUCGUGGUGCAGAGGCAUCCACUUCUUCCUCAUCAUCAUCACUCCCCGCCCCUCCCAUCCCUUCUCUCCCCUCCUCCCGCUCGCCUUCCUCCGGGCCUCCUCCGCCCCGCCCGGGCGUCAUUCGUCGACGCCCGGCGCCGAGCAUUUUCAUGCCGGCAAAGCGACGACAUUUGUCGUGA